CAUGCUCUGUUCAAAUCAACUGUCAUCGCAAGAUCGAGCCAGUCUCCAAGGUCACGCUGUCUCUCCAAACCCUACCCAUUUCUCGAUUUCACCUCUCUCUCUCGAUCGUAUGAACAAUCCUCUGUUUUGGCAGUGACAUCAACCGCACAAGCUCAAUGGGUAAGAGUGCAAGAAACAAGCAAAAAUCCAAGAACCGACGACAGCAGUCGCAGAACCCGCAACCCAAAACCCGCGAUCAACCGGGUCAAGCGCCGAGCUCCAUAACGGGGACCGGACCCAGCUCAACCCCUCAGAGCGGCUGUGAGGAUGGUGCCAGCCGAAUCCCGAGUUCCGAUCCUAACUGGCUCCCAACCCCAUCCCCUGCUAUUGGCCCUUUGGCCGAGCGUUUCUCGCAAGAAGAUUUCAAGAAGUUGCCGGAGAUGCAACUGUUAGAGAAGAUACUGCUGGGAGCUUUGGAGGAAAAGUACAUAGAGGCAUUGCGUAGGCUUGUGGAAAUGGGGUAUGAUGAGGAUGCCGCGCUGAAGGCGGUCCUGAGGAACGGGCAUUGUUAUGGGGACGAGGACGUGCUGUUGAAUAUAUUCAAUAACGCGCUCGCUUACUUGACUGGUGAUUGCCGUAGUAGGAACCUGAUUUUCGAGGCGAAUGGGAUCCUGUUCACAAGCUUGGCGCAAAUGGCGGAGCACUCGCUGGGUUGCAUGGUUCACGUGCUGCAACAGGUUCACCACAGUAGAAGGAAGGCGAUGUGGUCUCUCGUUCUUUCCAAACUCCAUAUAGGUUUGGCAGUUGCAAUGCCUCCAUCUGAGGGGAAUUGGGAAUCGGAUAGCAGUGACGAGGAUGCAGUCGAUGUUGAUCUGCCACCGUGCUGUAGGUUCAACCGUUGUCUGGGGAUUUGGUGGUUAGUAGAAGAGUCAGGGGUUCCUUCAGAUAUGUUAGCUGUCGGCAAUGAACGGAACAAGCAUCAGCCAAACGAUGAAGAGCAUUUGCAAAGCGAUAUCGAGGUCCCAGAGAGCUUUGGUUUGUCACCGGAACUGAAGUCAAUGCUGAAAAAGAACGUAGCUAAGGUUGCUGCUGCUGUUCGGGCAAACUUGAUGCAGAACUUCAUGCACUCAAAUGCUUCUGUGAAGGGGGAUGCCCCGGCGGUUUCGCAGCCUGAAGCUUGUGGCGAGUCUAGUGUUUUGAGGUGCAAAGAGUGGGUGAACUCUGUGGCGGAUACACUUCCUGGUAGACUUAGCAAUUUAAAUCUUGAUGGGAAUUUGGUUGGCUUGCCAGAAGAGAGAAAGGAUGCCAUUAUUCUGCACUUGCAGAAUCAAAUUGAGGAUCACGAGAGACAAGUGAAGGAGAGAGAGGCGUGGGCUCGCCAGAAGGCAGUUCAGGCAGAUAAAAGCGUUGAAAGCGCUUUGCUGGAACUUGAGACUUUGAGAAAGGAGAUGGCGGAGAGUCGUCAUGUGUUGAAGAAAGGUAAACCGACUCUUGAUGCGAGUACCAGGAUGAAACUCUCUGAUAAGGAAAGUGCUUUGAGGAAGAUGGGUGCCCGAGCGGAGGCUACUCACGCAGCUAUGACCCGGGUCGAGAAUGAGAAUGCCAAAAUCAAGGCGGAAACGGAGGCUUUUAACCUGAGUGCGUCGGAAUCUGCAAAUGCCUGUCGGGAGGUUGCAAAGAGGGAAAAGAAGAACCAGAAGAAACUCUUGGCUUGUGAGAAACAGAAAGUCGAGUUACAAGAGUCAAUUGCAGAGGAGAAACAGAAGAUCACGGAGUUACAGCAGCAGUUGGUUGAGAUACAGAAAGCCCAGAGGGAAGCUGAGACGAAGUGGAGGCAGGCAGCAGAUGCAAAAGAGCUUGCCAAUGCACAGCUGAAGGAAGAAAAGCGAGCAUUGGAAGCAGCAAAGGCCGACAGUAAGAAAAGGCUAGAAGAUCUGCGCUUAAGAACAGAGACAGAGAUGAAGCUAUACAGGGACAAAGUCCUGAGACUGGAGCAAGAGCUUUCAGAUCUAAAAAUAGCGGCUGGGAACACCGAAGCAACACCUAUGCAUGAGUUGGACGUACAGGAUCAUAGAAAAUGCAUAAUCUGCUGGAAAAAUGAAGUCCGCAUUCUCUUCUUGCCAUGUGCCCAUGAGGUUCUGUGUGCCGACUGCAGCGACAAAUACGGGUAUAAGGAGAAAGUCUUAUGUCCUAUGUGCCAAGUUCCAAUUGAAGAGGCGAUCCGGGUCUUUGGAGGUAGCUUGAAAUAAUCGAUGCCUUUGUCUGCAUUUGUCCCAUUUGGUCCUUGUUACUGAGCAGGUCUCAAAUAAUCUUUCUGGAACUGGAUCAACAAUGUCAAAGGUGUAUAUAGCUGUAAAGUGAUACUAGAGUUACUCAGUCUAGCUUACAAAGUGAC